AAUUGUUUUCGUACGAACCACACAAGCUCCUACCAUGAUUGAGUAAUCUAGUCCAAAUCCAAUAAUACAUCUUUUCGUACGGACAGAGGCCUUAAAAUUAUACCUAAAUAAGAACUAUCUGGCCUUUAGGUUUUAAUGAUUAUAUCUCUCAUUGAUUUGGUAUUUUAGCGUCAGACCAGAUGAAAAAGUCCAACAAAAAAUACGGUCUUGUUAACCUAAAGGAAGAGAAGGCUAAAGAGAAGCAAAAGGCUCUUAUUCAAACCUUUCAACCUAGAAAAAAUAUUUUUGAGGAUGAAGAGAGUGAUGAAGAUGAGCCUAAUCAAGGACCUGGUCCUGUAAGGGGAGCUCUUCGUGUCGAAGUCAACUCAAGAAUCAAGCAGAAAACACAAAUAGCAAUAGAGAAGGCUCUAGAAGAAGAUCCAACGGUAUAUCAAUACGAUGAAGUUUAUGACGAUAUUCAUAACAAAAAGGAAGCCGAAGCUGCUAAGAGAAAGGCAGACAAGCAACGAAAAUCGAAAUAUAUAGGUCAGCUUAUAAAAACUAGUGAACUAAGAAAAUUGGAAGAUGAGAGACGCAAUCAAAGAAUUUUACAGAAAGAAUCCGAAAAAGAAAAAGACAAAUUCGCCGACAAAGAAGAGUUUGUUACAGAGAGCUAUAAAAAGCGCGUGGAACAACUUAAACAGGAUGAAGAAAGGCAAAGGCAGCAAGAUUUAAUAGACGGUAGGACUGAGAAGAAUGAUGUUACAAAACAGGACGAUCUAUCAAUGUUUUAUCGACAGCUUCUUAACAAAGAAUCUACCGAACCGAAGGCGGAAGAAGUGGCUGACAAUUCCACCGAGAAAACAGGUAAAAAUGAGAAGCCUGGUUUACCUGAAACUAGCAGAAGGAAAAGAGUUGACGAAUCCUCCUCAGAGUCGUCAUCUGAUGGUGAAAGGCCUGAGAAAAAAGACCGUAGCGAAUAUAUACCCUUCGAAAAAUUAUACAGAGAAGCUGCAAUUAAACGUCAAAAGAGACGAGAGGAGGAGGAGAAGCUAAAACGAAAAGAUAUGGCUGAAAAAUACAAAAGAAAAGCUGAUAAUGAAACAGUUUCUGAUGCAAAGAUGAGAUACUUGAUGAGAAAACAGCAAAAGCCAAAAGUUAUUAUCGAAGAUAGCGAUUAA